AGAUUGAUGAGUGCACAGCUUCAGUGAUUUGGAGACUUCACACAGGGAUUGCUUCAUCAAGAUUGUAGCUAGUGAUCUGAUGAUAAAUGCAGUCUUAAUUACACCCUGCCAUAUUGGGAAUUAACUUUGACUAGGAGUGAUCUGACUUUAAUAUAUUGUUCUUUUGAGUGACUGGAUUGAGAAACAUGGAUUAUCUAUUAUUUCAGUUACCUUCCUUACAAUUGGAUAGCCCCAGUACAGAUUAUCUGGAGAAAGAGUGUACAUUAUCUCAGGAUGCUGACAUUAGUCCCAUUGAAAGACCAAAUUUCUAUAUGGAUGAUACCUGUUCACAAGAUAGUGGUUUGGGAUUUGAUCGAGAAAAGGAUGAAGAAUUUAUGUUUAAAGCGCCAUCAGCUCUACCUCGACGUAAAACUAAAAUCAUUAACGAAGAUACUUGUUCACCUCAUAAAUAUUCACCUGUCAAAUCACCACGUAAAAAACGCUCAUUUUCAGUCUCAUUUGCCAGAGAAUCACCAGAAGAAAAGACUCAGUUAUUAUUUGGAAACUGUAGUCCAGUCAAAUUGAAGUUGUCACCAUUAACUAGUAUGGAAGAUGAUGUUGAUGAUGGAUUUCUAGAUGUCUUUGAUUCUGAAUCCUCCCAAGAUGGUAGUACUGGCAUGCCAUCUCAUAUGUCAAGUCUCUUCAGUGCUCCUUUGAUCAAUAAAACUAACAACGUUCAAGAAACAGACGAUGGUACACCAAUUUUCAGUUAAGAAAGAAAUGUAGUCGAAAUUUGUUAUAUCGUUCUCAAUCAUUUGAUGUCAGACCAAAAAUUAAACGUUCACCAAGAGAUGAGAAUACACCAGUUUCUAACAAACGACACAGAUUCGGUGAUUCUGAUGAUGAUGAAGAGGCUCUUAAAGAAAAUGAGUUUCCUGCUGUGCGUAAAUUACAGCGGUGUCAUUCUGAAACUGAGGCUAUGAUUAAAAUGGCUGUAAAUAGAAUGUCUGAUAAUAGAGACUUAAUUGGAGACUGUUCUAAGCCUUAUUCCUUACCAUCAUUCACUACUGGUAAACAUCACGAUUUAAAACGUAUUGAUGCUCAAACUGUGUGUCGAUUGAUUAAUAAUGAAUUUGAAGAUGUAGAAAGUUAUCGUAUUAUAGAUUGUAGAUAUCCAUAUGAAUAUGAAGGUGGACACAUUCAGGGUGGAGAGAAUAUCUAUACUAAAGAUGUUAUAUUGAAUGAUAUCUUAAAGAACCCUAAAGUUCCUGAGAAUCCUGACAAAAGACAUAUUAUCAUCUUUCAUUGUGAAUUCUCAUCAGAAAGAGGUCCUAAUUUGUUGAGAUUUUUACGUAAUAAAGAUAGAGAAGUUAAUAAAGAUAGCUACCCUCAUCUCCACUACCCUGAACUAUAUUUAUUAGAUGGUGGUUAUAAAGUCUUUUAUGAAACAUCUAAGGAUUUCUGUGAACCCAGGACAUAUUUACCAAUGAGUCAUAAAGAUCAUUUAGAUGAUUUAAAGAAAUUUCGUGCAAAAUCUAAAUCGUGGAGUGGUGACAAGUCCAGAAGUGCUCUUAGACCAUUGAAGUUCUAGAUGAAUAUUGCUGAUUAAAUUAACUAAUUGUAUAUUUAUGUCCUAUAUGUCCAUAUAUAGAUAAUUAAUUCAGAGGAUAUGCAAAUAUACCCCAAAUAAUUUGCAUAAUUAUAAACAAUAUUUAUAUUUUUACUCUUAUCCUAUUUUAUUCCUUCCUUUCCUCUCUCCUUCUUUCACUCUAUUUGUUAUUAUUUUUAUUUUACUAGGACAUCAGGGAUUGGUUGGGUUUCUAAGACCCUAGUGCUCAUUAACCAAUCACAACGCUUCUUUUAAUAAUGUUUUAGUUUUGUGUAUAUGUGUAAAAAGUAAUUUGUUAUCCUGUACUUGUGCAGUACAAAAUGUAGAUGCAAGAAUUUGACUUUUGCACCAGAUUUAAGAAAUAGCUCUAUUUUAGCUCUAUUUUAGCUCUUUUCUCUCUAUCUCUUUAACUUAGCUUUUAGUCUUUUAUGAGUGCUAAUUCUGAAUGAAUGAUGAGUGUGUGGAGUGAAUGAAUGAGUGAGAGAAUGAAUAAUUGUAUAAAAUGAAUGAAUGUAAAUAUUAAAAUGAGAUGAAAGACAUCUGUAUUUAUAUAAACAAUAGAAAAGUUAUAACUUAUAACUUAUGAUGUUAUAAUUGUUAUUUUACUAUUUAUUUGUAUGUAAAGUGUAAACAUAUUUGUUACAAAAACAAUAUUGUUAUGACCUAAUUAUAUAAGAAAAAAAAUAUAUUUAGAACAUUAUUUUUCUGGAAAUUUUUAAGAUUUUAAUGAACCGAUGAAAAAUAAUUUUUAAUAUUGUUAUAAGAUACACUAAUUUCCUAUAAGGCUAUAAGAAAAAUAUAUUGAAAGCAAAUGUUGAAAAGUCAUUUAAAUACAAUUUUAGAGAUGAAUGUUAUGUUUUAUUGUUGUUUGCUGUUUUUCUUUUAGCUUUUAUUUGUCUUGUUCUAUCUCUCUAUUCUACCUGUCUAUAUAAAUGUUUGUCUUAUCUCUUUGUCUUAUUUAAUUGUAUCUUGCUUUUCUUAUUGUGGUUAUAUUCAAAUCCCUGUUGUCUUCAAAUAAACAAUAUUGUGCAUAG